CCAAUAUUCAGUCAGAUUUGCAGUGGAUACCCCGAACAUCAAACGAACAAGCCGAUUAUGUUAGCAAGUUAAACGAUUUUGAUGACUGGGAAGUCGUACCAGGCAUAUUUGAGCAAAUUGACGCUCAGCUUGGUCCUCACACUUUGGAUUGUUUGCAAAUUCCAAAAAUGCAAAAGUUUCCAGAUAUUUUUCAAGGUUUUGGAAUCCGGACACGACCGGAGUGGACGCGUUUUAUCAGGAUUGGUCCAACGAGUUUGCGUGGGUUGUCCCACCCAUAUCGAUUGUACCGAGGGUUCUUUGGUUCAUGUUUGAGAAUAAAU